AUGUGUCUCCGUAUGCGCGAUGUGUUGUACCUUUUACUCCCCCCGUGUUCAUCCUUCCCCCUUCCCCCUUCCCCCUUCCCCUUUCCCCCGCCCCGGCCCACCCAUGCACCCGAUCAUCACGGAAGAGGCUUACGGAUAGCUACAAGCCACACCCGCUUUCUGCGGCAGACUCUCUCGGAGAGUGGGAUGUUCUCUCGCUCCAGCAGACAUGUGCAUGCGUUCGUGCGUGCGGAAGACCUGCGAGGUGCGUGUAUGCAGCCAGCAGCCAGCAUGAGUGUACCUACUCUUCUGCAGGGCCCGGCUGCCAAGGUGCGCAGUUCAACGCAGGGGGAGAGGGUUUUGGCCGAGGGUUCCGAUUCCGGUUCCGGUUCUGGUCAUGAUUAUGGUUCUGUGGCGUAUGUAUAG